CGAACCGAAGAGACACCGGAGGAGACAGAGGGCAGUUCCGGGACCAUUUUGGGGUAGGAAGCAGCCAUGGAAGAGCCUGCAGCUCCCUCAGAAGCCUCUGGGGCACCCAGGGCCCCUACAGGUGCCGAGGCAGCGGAGGGGGGUGCCUCCGGGCCCGGCCUUCCGGUGCCCGGGGCUCGGCGGCGUUCGGCAGCUCCAAGCCCGGCCCCCUUCCAUGCGUCAAGGCGGGAGCCUGCUCGGGCUUCAGAGGGGGGGGCCAGGCCCCGUUUCCUGCCGGGAAGAAGCAGUGGUCCCUGGACAAAGCAAGUUGUCUGCAGGUAUUAUCUGCAUGGGCUAUGCAAGGAGGGGGAGAACUGUCGUUACUCUCAUGAGCUCUCAGGCAGGCAGCCGGCCAGUGAAGGCCGCGGUUCGCCACCCCGGGCCUCUGCAGGCGAAGGCCCCAGUACGGCUGCGCACGUUAAGCCCCUGACUCAGGAAGUGGCGAAAGCCCCCUCUGCUGCGUCUUCACGCUCCUUGCCUCGUAUUGGCUCAGCUGCUGAAAGGGGCUUCUUUGAAGCCGACACAGACAAUGCAGGCUCGCAGGCUGCCGGAGCAGGUGCAGAAUCCUGGGGAGAUGCUAUUGAGUUUGUUCCCGGGCAGCCCUACAGAGGCCGCAGGUUUCUUUCUGCUCCCGAGCCUCCCGUACAGAGCUCGGUGACCAAGAAGGAGCAGAUGGCAAUGAGUAUACGGCAACCACUUUGUCCGUAUGCUGCCGCAGGACAAUGCUUUCGUGGGGAGAACUGUGCUUACCUCCAUGGAGAGGCAUGUGAUAUGUGUGGGCUGCAGGUCUUACACCCCUUGGAUGCUGACCAAAGAGCCGAGCACAUGAAAGCCUGCAUUGAAGCCCAUGAGAGGGACAUGGAACUCUCGUUUGCUGUGCAGCGCAGUAUGGACAAAGUGUGUGGAAUCUGCAUGGAAGUUGUCUAUGAGAAAGCCAAUCCCAGUGAUUGCCGCUUUGGCAUCCUCUCCAACUGCAACCACACCUUCUGUCUUAGGUGUAUCCGUGUGUGGAGGAGGGCCAGGCAUUUUGAUUACAGGAUCAUCAAGUCGUGCCCACAAUGCAGGGUCACCUCCAACUUUGUCAUUCCCAGUGAGUUCUGGGUGGAGGAGGAGGAAGAGAAGCAGAAACUAAUUCAGCAAUACAAGGAAGCAAUGAGCAACAAGGCCUGCAGGUAUUUUGAUGAAGGCAGGGGUUGCUGCCCCUUUGGAGAAAAUUGUUUUUACAAGCAUGCAUACCCUGAGGGCAUGGGAGUGGAGCCUCAGAGGCAGGGUGUGGAGGAGCCCGAGGGGCAGGCUGCAGAAGAGCCCCCGGGGCAGGCUGCAGAAGAACCCCCAGGGCAGGCUGCAGAAGAGCCCCCGGGGCAGGCUGCAGAAGUGCCCCAGGGGCAGGCUGCAGAGGAGCCCCAGGGGCAAUCUGCAGAGGAGCCUCAGGGGCCGGGUGGUGGGUCAUACAGCACUUACUGGAAUCAAAUUAUGGAGCCUGUGUGUGUGAGAGAGGGCAGCAUAACCUUUAGGAAAAUUAAAAAGGAUUUUAUCACAUGUAAGCUGGCCAAAUUGUUUAAGCAUUUUCUUUCACUGGGGGGUGAUACAUGGUUCUUCUCCAAGGAACUGUGGGACUUACUUCAAUAUGAGCUGGAAGAAUAUUUUAAUUUAAAUCUGUAGCAUUGUGUUGUGGCAUAUGGCUAAGCUGCUGAGGCUCUGUCAUCUGAUAUUGCCUGUGUUUGUUUAUAGACAUGUGUAUCACUUGCAGUGACUAUGGAAGCAAUAUUUGUGCAGCGUCCCUUUUUGUUUUCUUGCACAAGUCCUGUAUGUUUCCCCUUAGUAUUAUGGUGUUUUGCUGUGUUAAAAAAUUAGCAUAGAGUCCUUAAAGUUAUUGUUUGGUGAAAUGAAUAUUACCCUUAGUUUAUGGGUUAUUUUGUCACCUCUGGUUUCAACAUGAUUCACUCAGUUCUAGAUUAAUGUGUACAAAAUUUCCACACUCAUUUUGAAGUCCCUCAAGAAUAAAUGUGACUGUGUAAAGGGAGAAGUCUUAACUGACCAAGGAGCUUUUUGCUACUAUAGCCUUAAGAAUGGACCUUUGCUGGGUCUUGUGUUGGCAGCUGCACAUCUUUGUUUACAUGCACAUCUCUUCCCUCAUCCCCUGUCAAGUGCACUGAUUAUCUUGUGGUUACCUUACAAUUUUGUGGUUACCUUACAAUUUCGUGUUUUACUUGAUGAGAACCAGGUGCAUAUGUUUACAUGUUUUAUCCUGUUUGGCUUGACAUAAAAAUUAUUUAUAUUUGG